AUAAGGGUUCUUCUCUUCUUCCCGCUGAAGCAUGAGCGGUUACGGGAAGAUGGGCGAGAGAAGUGAGUACUGGCUGCUGAAAACGGAGCCGGGAGAGUGGUCGUGGGAGGACCAAUCGGCCAACGAGGGUUUAUCCAAGUGGGACGGGGUGAAGAACAAGCAAGCGCAGAAGAACAUGAAGGCGAUGCGCGUGGGGGACCUCUGCUUCUUCUACCAUUCCGGCAGCAGAGCGCGGCGAGUGGUGGGAGUGGUCUCUGUGGUCCGCGCCUGGUACGGGGAUGAGGAGAGCGAGGACGGCGGCGGAGCGGUGGAUGUGAAGGCCGUGGGGGAGAUGAGAAGGCCCGUGGACUUGGCGGAGAUGAAAAGGGAUCUAGGGUUGAAAGGGUUUGGGCUUUUCCGGCAGCCCAGGCUGUCGGUUGUGCCGGUGGAGAAAAGGAUAUGGGAAAGGGUCUGUGAAAUGGGGGGUGGGUAUGACGGCGAUGGUUUGGGUGAUGAUGAAGAGUAGCGGGGUGCUCAAGCUCUGCUUCUCAGGUGUUUGUGUUUUUGUCUGAGAGAAGGAUUGUUGUUCUGAUAACUAUCUUCGGGUCAGGGAAGUACACUUUUUGUUUUAGAUUUUGUACAAUCUGGGAAGAAAAAUGCAAAGUUUUGAAAAGCUGAAAUCUUUUCCCCUGAGAAUGGCAAACACAAUGCAUGCUGUAAGAUGUUUGGUAGUAUCAAUGGAAUGUUUGAUACCUAUAAUUAUCAGUA